UCCUUUCACCACCUCCGCUUCCUCCACCGCUCCACACCACGCCUCCGCGCGUCACCCGCACGCCAUGGCCAUGGCCGCGCACCACCACAGCCACCUCCCCUCCUACCUCGCUGCGGUUGCCAUCCUAUUCAUCGCCUUCAUCCUUGCACCUCCCGCCACCGGUGACUCCCUAGACCAGCUCUGCGGCACCAGCGGCAACUACACCGUGAACAGUACCUACCAGGCCAACAUCCAGCGUCUCGCCACCACGCUCCCCAAGAGCGCUUCCUCAUCCCGGAUGCUCUUCGCGAACGCCACGCUCGGCGCCGUCCCGGACAUUGUCUACGCGCUCGCGCUCUGCCGCGGCGACACCAACGCCUCCGCCUGUGGCGACUGCGUCACCACCGCCUUUCAGGACGUGCAGCAGCUGUGCGCGUACAACAAGGACCCCAGAGCGCCUCCUCGUCCCAGACGCUCUUUGCGAACGCCACGAUCGGCAUCGUCCCUAGGGGAGGUAGUGGAUCUGAAAGACGGGAUUUAG